GGGACAAACAUGGCUGACGAGUUAGGGGAGGUAAACACAACUGCAGGUGAUGGCGAAGCAAAACAAGAGCAAGAAGCGUCCAAACUUUUAAACACGGAAACUGACGGCAAUGCCCGCGACAACAACAGUUUCUACCAUGCUGACAGGCCGGCGGCGGAGAGCAGCUGGUCGGCUCCUCUUCUGUCUCUGGCUCGCAAGGCCACGGAUACACUCAGCAGCGGAGUGAGCUACGCUUCUGCCCGGAGGAACUCCGUGCAUGGGUCCGCUGCGAGCCCCACGACGGAAAAAGAGUCCGAAAGAGAGUUAAACAGCACAGGAAAGAAGCUUCCAGUGGUUCCUUCUAAAGAACCCAUGGCAAUAGAAAGAACCAAUCUUCUCAGCAUGUUGAAGUUAAGCAUCAAGGUUUUAAUCCAGUCCUCACUGAAUCUGGGUCGGACUCUGGACUCUGAGUACCCACCUUUGCAGCAGUUCUUCUUGGUCCUGGAGCAUUGCCUCAAACAUGGCCUAAAAGCCAAGAAAUCCUUCAUUGGUCAGAACAAGUCCAUUUGGGGGCCUUUGGAGCUGACUGAGAAGUUGUGUCCAGAAUCUGCCAACAUAGCCACAAGCGCCAGAGACCUGCCUGGAAUCAAGACUGGUUUGGGCAGAGGGAGAGCGUGGCUGCAUUUAGCACUCAUGCAAAAGACAAUGGCAGACUAUGUGAAAGCCUUGCUGGACCGCAAAGAUCUCCUGAGUGAGUUUUAUGACUAUGGAGCUCUGAUGAUGGAGGAGGAAGGAGCAGUGAUGGGGGGGCUGCUCGUGGGCCUUAAUGUGAUUGACGCAAACCUCUGUAUUAAAGGCGAGGACUUGGAUUCUCAGGUGGGAGUCAUUGACUUCUCCCUCUACCUGAAAGAUUCUACCAAGCCCGAGACUCCAAAGAACGAUGCCAAGAUGACUGCCAUCUUAGACCAGAAGCAUUACAUCGAGGAGUUAAAUCGCCACCUCAGUGGCACCGUUACUGACCUGCAGGCAAAGAUGGACUCUCUGGAGAAGACCAACAGCAAACUUAUAGAGGAGCUAACGGCGGCGACUGACAGAAUCAACUCUCUGCGAGAAGAACAGGAACAGCUGAGAAUGAACAACGAGUCGAUCUUACUGUCCAACCAGAAAAAGGAAGAGGCUGCUCUUCAAGACAGCCAGGCUGAGCUGGAAACAUACAGACAAACCCGGCAAGGCCUGGAUGAGAUGUAUAAUGUUGUGUGGAAGCAGUACAAGGAAGAAAAACGCAUUCACCAGGAGUUGGCGCGUGAGCUGGAGCUGCAAUUGGGGCUGAAGCAGGAGAUGGAGGUGGCCAUGAAGCUGCUGGAGAAGGACUCGCAUGAGAAACAGGACUCACUGGUGGCCUUGCGACUCCAACUAGACCAAGUCAAGACUCUCAACCUUCAGAUGUUCCACAAAGCACAGGACUUCGAACGAGAGGCGGCAAAGAAACAGACCGAGACGGAACAGCUGGAGCAGAAGAUGACUGACAUGGAGAAAGCCAUGACGGAACUAGCCCGGAGGCUUCACAACUCUGAGCAGGACCGUAAAAAGAACGACCAGUUGAAUAAAGACCUGAAGGUGGAGCUGGAAGGAAAAGUGAACGCUCUUCAGAAGCAGCUGAGUGACCUGGACGCUUUAAGGCUGGGCUUGGAGACGGAGCUUUUGGUUGAGAGGGAGCAGAGACAAGGCCUACAAAAAGCUCUCCAGAGGGAGCAGGACAACAGCACCGAGCUUCGCACGCAGCUGCAACAACUAGAAGGCCUGCAUAUGGAGUUGCAGGAUCUGAAGCAUGAGAAGCAGCACCUGCAGCAGAUGUGUGAGCAGCAGGAGCAGGCUUUGCAGGAGAUGGGACUGCAUCUCAGCCAGUCUAAACUCAAGAUGGAGGACUUUAAGGAGGUUAACAAAGCUCUAAAGGGUCAUGCCUGGUUAAAAGAUGACGAGGCCACGCAAUGCAAGCAAUGUCAGAAGGAGUUCUCCAUCGCACGAAGAAAGCACCACUGCAGGAACUGUGGGGAUAUUUACUGCAACACUUGUUCCAGUAACGAGCUGGCCUUACCCUCGUAUCCUCGGCCAGUGCGGGUUUGUGACAUGUGUCACGCUCUCUUGCUGCAGAGGAGUUCGUCCACAGGUUCCUGACACUACUGCAAGCAUUUGUGUCUCACGCUGCAGUCACUACGUCGUUUAGCCACGUUUGUUUCAGAAUGACAUCCGCUGUUGGGAAAAUGUGUUGCAUCUGAACUGUUACCUGAAAUUCAGGAACACACAGGUGGUCCUUUGGUUACAAACAACUUCUGUUCCUACGGCGCAUGGUCAGUUGAAUUUUAGUGUAAGUGGGAGCUCAUACCUAAAUGACCAUUUUAAGUCAGUCACACUGUACACAACACAUUAGACAUAAAAUACCGUAAUAAAAACACUGCAAGAGUCUCCUUACAUUUAUUCUGUUUAUAAUCUCAGCCAGCGCAUCAGGAAACUCACGUGCUGCUUUAUCAUCCCUACCAAUAUCUUUACCUUGAAGCUUAAGGUUAUGCAAAUUAGCACCAACCUUAAACUGCAUAAACCACUCCUUACUGGCCAUAAACACUUCACCCGCUUUAUACCUUUCCAAGGUUUCAAACCAUAUUUUAGCCAUCUCCUGAAUCAACAUAAGGCUAACGGGCAUACAUUUUUGAUUCUGGCAACCUUUUCAUCUCAGUAAGACCACUACGUUGAUAACUUAUUACUGUCGCUUUCAUCUGAGCAAAUCCUUUAACAUGUUCAAUGGUGUUUGCGACAAUCAUGCAUUUGAGACUAUAAGUGCAGCCAAUAUUGAUGGACAUUUCUACUGAGCUUUUUAUGUUUUCACUUUCAUGGUGGCUUUCUUUUCCUUUGGAGCACUGCCACCAGAACAUCCUCCCUUAUGGCCAAAAACUUGUCAUCCCUCCAAAGCGUAGCUGCACGAGACAUACUUCAACUAGUUCUUAAGCGUUUGUAACCAUGGAGCGUCAUAAAAGGACCACCUGUAUGUAUUGUAUAUGGGAAGCAGGCCUAUUUGAGAAUUCUUAUUGUGGUUGGGAUUGGAUGGAUUAGUUGUGCGAGAUUUUCAAAGUAGUGAGGAAUGAAUUGACUGAUUUUAAUGUCAGCUUUUCUAAUAUUCUAAUGUUAAAAGUUCCACCAAGAUUGUAUUGUGUACUUUUGAUAUUCACAUUGUAGUGCAUCAACACUGCAUUUGCUGACAGUUGACAAAUAUCUGUCCUGUGUCUCUGCAAACUGUAAAUGAUUGUAGAAUGAUAAAUGUAUAUUUUAGAAUGUAUUAACACACGUGGUGGAUUGUGUACACUCAAAGCUGUUUUCUAUAAUUGUCUGGGGAAUUACACACAUUUUUUAAAACUUGAUAUUUAAUGAAUGAUUAAAAUUUGCAAUGUUUCCAUGACAUAGUCCAACUAGUUUAUUCACUUUGCUCACAGAAAAUACAAAUGACAUUAGAAGCAGAAGAACCUUCAUGACAGCAGAUUGCAGACUGAGUUGCUCCUGGGAGGAUUUCCAAGAUAAAAGUACCCUGUCAGCAGUCACACCUUAAAAUAUGCUGUAUGUCAAGACUGGAUUCAGAUUUACAUUGUACAACUAAAUUAAAGGAUUAGAUGUAAAAUAAUGUCUAAAAUGCCCAUAUUGUUCAUGCACUCCGACAUAGAAAAGAAAAGUUUUAACACUACCAAGACAAGACAGGUUGCCUUUGGGGAACAACUGGGGGUAUUUUAACAAUCCAGGUUCAAAAAUGGAGUGAACUUGGGUUCUGUGAACUCACAAAUCAAAGGAAGUGGGAUGUGAGCAACUCCUCUUGGACAUACUUAAAAAAAAACAACAAAAAAAAAAACGUACAAACCACCCCUCGCUUUGUUCAAAAC